AACCGAGGGGGAGGAGUCCUGGGGUCAGGGGGAGGAGUCUCGGACCCCAGGGCCCGGAGCGUGGCUCCAAACGGAGCAAGGUGUAGUGGGUCGUGUGAAACUCGUAGAUACCUUCGUAGACUUAGGGUCCUGAGCGGGAAGUGUUCCCCACCUCUGCGAGGGAGAUACAGGUGCAGCUGGCCGACCCCUCGCUGCCCCGAGGCCCAAGUAAACAGCUGCACGUGGACGCGGGAUCUGGGGGACGCGCCCACGCCCCUUCCCAGCAGUACUGCAGCGCGUGGGGCGACGGGUGGAGCCGCGGGACCGCGGCGAGACAGGGUGACCAGACUGCAUUCCUGGCCGGUGUGUCAGCGUCGCGUCCCGCCCCUCCGCGGAGGUUUGGGAGACUCCACCAGAACUCUGAUGCUGCCCGUAUCCUGCGGCUUUCGAGAACUCAGAGGAGGCCAAGGGCACAGGGAAGGGUUCUUCCGCCAAGGAUGACCAGACUAUGUGUUGUUCCCCCCGCGCGUGGGCUAGGAACUCGGGUUCGUCUUUUGAGGGCUCCAAGACUCCAAUUCCCAGAGCACCCGAGAGUGUCUAGUGGGGGACUUCGUCCAGGAGUGCUGCUGGGGAUUGUAGUCCAGCCUGUUGCUGGGCACGCCAGUAAAGCGCCAAAGCGGGUUUUUGUGUUGCGUUGUUUUGUUUUUGAGACGUGGUCUCAUUAUGUGGCCCAGGAUGGUCUCGAACUUGCAGAGAUGCUCCUGAUUCCAACUUCCGAGUGCUAUGAUUAAAGGCCCCUUAUUUUUAUUUUAUUUAGACAGGAAGCCGGGGCUCCGAGUCCUGAUUAAGGAGGGUCCUUUUCUCGCAGCAGUAUUGUGUCCUGUGAAUUUCUCCCCGCCUGGGAAACUGAGACUAGAGGUGUGGGUAUGGGCUCAGGAGUUCUUCCUCUGCACCCACAGUGAAGUGGAGGUCUGGACUCCUGUGCAUGUCACCGUCCAGGGCGCCCUCGAUCUUCUGGUCCUCGUUCUUGCUGUCUGUGAAAUGGGUCGCGCCUGACUCCAAAUGGAAAUGUCCCCGGUUGCGCCCCGCUCCUCCGGGACUACAAAUCCCAAGGUGCUCGAGGCGAUCGUAGCUCUCCCUCCCCCUAUGGGACACGCCUUCCUCCAGUCAGAGUCCCGUCGUCUAACCUGUUCCCUAAGACUGCCCCGCCCCGUCCUCCGCUCCCCGCCGCUGGAGCCGGAGCCGGAGCCCGAGGAAAAACCCCCUGGUGCCAGGAUCUGCCCCGGACGCGCACCUUGCUCCGGCCGGCACCAUGGACAGCGAAGCAUUCCAGAAUGCGAGCGAUCUUCUGGAUCUGAACUUCCAGUCGCUGGCCAUGAAGCACAUGGACCUGAAACAGAUGGAGUUGGACACCGCGGCCGCCAAAGUGGAUGAACUGACCAAGCAGUUAGAGUCUUGGUGGUCAGACUCGCCAGCGCCUCCUGGCCCACAGGCUGGAGCCCCCCCUAGGAUAUCCCGGUACAGCACCAGCCCUGUCCCAGAGCAUUUUGGCAGCAGAGGGUCCCCGCAGAAGACAUCCACAGAUGGCACAGAGACCCGUUUUGGACGCUCAGAGAGUGCCCCGUCCCUGCACCCCUACAGUCCUCUGUCCCCCAAAGGCCGGCCGUCCUCCCCGCGCACCCCCAUCUACCUGCAGCCCGAUGCCUACAGCAGCCUGGACCGUGCGCCAUCGCCCAGACCCCGUGCCUUUGACGGGACUGCCAGUCCCCAUGGCCGGGCGCCGUCUCCGCGGCCUGGGGCUAGCUCGCUGCGCCAACCGGGCCCCUCGACGCCCUUCGACUACCUGGGUCGCGCAGGGUCCCCCCGGGGCAGCCCUCUAGCUGAGGGACCCCAGGCCUUCUUCCCGGAGCGCGGACCUUCCCCACGUCCAGCCACUGCAGGCUACGACUCACCGGCCGCGUUUGGGAGCCCCCUGUUGGGCGCGGGUGGUAGUGCCUUCGCCCCACCGCUUCGCGCACAAGACGACCUGACGCUGCGCCGGAGGCCCCCGAAAGUCUGGAACGAGUCUGAUUUGGACGUAGCUUAUGAGAAAAAGUCUUCGCAGACAGCGAGCUAUGAACGGCUGGAUGUUUUCACACGACCUGCCUCCCCCGGUUUGCAGCUCUUACCCUGGAGAGAGAGCAGCCUGGACGGGCUGGGGGGCAGUGGCAAGGACAACCUCACCAGUGCAACAUUGCCACGCAAUUACAAGGUGUCCCCUCUGGCCACCGACAGGCGUUCUGACAUCGGCAGUUACCGCCGCUCUAUGGGCUCAGCAGGACCCUCAGGCACUUUGCCCCGCAGCUGGCAGCCCGUCAGCCGCAUCCCCAUGCCCCCCUCCAGCCCCCAGCCCCGCAACACCCUGCGCCAGCGCCCCAUACCCCUCAGCAUGAUCUUUAAGCUCCAGAAUGCUUUCUGGGAACAUGGAGCCAGCAGGGCUGUGCUCCCGGGAUCCCCCAUCUUCUCCCGAGCUCCCCCACCUAAGCUGCCUCCCCAGCCACCCCCACAGCCACCCACCCAGGCCCAACCUCAGAUGCCCCCCCAGCCCCAGGCCCAGGCCCAGCCUCAGACUCCAGCGCCUCAACAGACUUGGCCUCCCGUGAACGAAGGCCUUCUCAAGUCCCCUGCCGAGCUGGAGCCAGAGCCGGAGCUAGAGGGGCUACUGGCUCCUGUGCUGGAGGCCGGGGACACAGAUGAAGGCACCGUCACUCGGCCCCUCAGCCCUACCAGGCUGCAGCCAGCGUUGCCACCCGAAGCACAGACGGUGCCUGAGCUGGAGGAGGUGGCCCGAGUUCUGGCAGAGAUUCCUCGGCCCCUGAAACGCAGAGGCUCCAUGGAGCAGAGCCCUGCCGUAGCCCUGCCCCCCACCCACAAGAAACAGUACCAACUGAUCAUCAAUAGACUCUUUCAUCGGCACGGUGGCCCAGGGCCUGGCGGGCCCGAGCCGGAGCUGGGCACGAUCACAGAGGGAUCCGAAGCCAGGGCAGGGCCCCCUGCUCCUGCCCCACCAGCUCCCGUCCCACCCCCAGCACCACCCCAGAGCAGUCUUCCAGAGCAGCCUCAGAGCGUGGAAAUGCGCUCAGUGCUGCGCAAAGUGGGGUCCCCGCGCAAAGCCCGGCGUGCGCGGCUCAACCCACUGGUGCUGCUGUUGGACGCAGCACUAACCGGGGAGCUGGAUGUGGUACAGCAGGCGGUGAAGGAGAUGAAUGACCCAAGCCAGCCCAAUGAAGAGGGCAUCACCGCUCUGCACAAUGCCAUCUGCGGUGCCAACUAUCCCAUUGUGGACUUCCUCAUCGCCGCGGGCGCCAAUGUUAACUCCCCUGACAGCCAUGGCUGGACACCGCUGCAUUGUGCGGCUUCAUGCAACGACACUGCCAUCUGCACCGCCCUGGUACAGCACGGUGCGGCCAUCUUUGCCACCACUCUCAGUGACGGCGCCACUGCCAUCGAAAAGUGCGACCCUUACCGAGAGGGCUACGCAGACUGUGCCACCUACCUGGCAGACGUCGAGCAAAGCAUGGGACUGAUGCACAACGGUGUUGUGUACGCACUCUGGGACUACAGUGCUGAGUUUGGGGAUGAGCUGUCCUUCCGGGAGGGCGAGUCAGUCACCGUGCUGCGGAGGGACGGGCCAGAGGAGACCGACUGGUGGUGGGCUUCGCUACAUGGCCAGGAGGGCUAUGUGCCACGGAACUACUUUGGGCUCUUCCCUAGGGUGAAGUCUCAGAGGAGCAAAAUCUAGCAGGAAUGAAGGACGAUUGUCAAGGAGAAAAGUGCAAGCCAGCCUGCCUUCCACCUGGACCUUCCUAAUCCAGCUACUGCUGAGUUUACUUUCGCCCUAAUCUCCAGAGGGGUACAGCCUGCACCAGAAGUUCUCGUUCUUCCAGAUGCUCGAGGAAGGGCAGCCCCAGACUUAAGAUUAGGAAGCCACCUUAGGCAUUGGGGUGAGGUAGGGCUGAGGAUCUUUGUGGGCAGGAGACCCCACAUGCACACUUGCCAAAUCAGAUCUGGUUCAAAGAACCUCCUAACUGCCAGCAGCAAGCCACUGCACUGUCGCAGGUGACACUGGCAGGGUGCCCCAUCCCUUCAUUGCUGUCUUCCCUUCCCCAUUCCUCCCAGCAGCCUUGGGGCACAUGACUCCUUAGUAGGAUGUCAGCUCCCCACCUCCCCAACCAAGUGCCUUCACACCCGUGUAGCUUAUGUUUGUAAUGACGUGGGAACUGUUUCCUUUAUAAAUAAAGGUUGUUUGCACAGA